AUUCUGUGUGAUUUAACUUCCAUCGUUCAGCAACAACGUUUGUGCUAAAUUAUCAGUUAAAUGUUGAUAAGUACCAAAACCGGUAGCUGGUUCACAGGUACCUUAUGGAUGCAAUGGAUCGCAGGAAUAUCAACAUUUUUAAUGUUGAUGACGAUUGGCCUGAAAAUCGGAUGGACCUCGCCAUACACGGCGCAGCUAAUGUCAGCAGACUCGCCACUACCAUUGACCACCGACGAGGUAUCAUGGGUUGCAUCCCUAAUGAAUGUAGGCCGACUUUUAGGGGCGAUCUUCGGCUGCAUUGGGGUCGAAUGGAUCGGUAGAAAGCGAACGUUGACAAUCGUUGGUUUUCCAAUGAUACUAGCCUGGAUUUGUAUCAUCGUCGCCGACUCAGUAGCGUGGCUCUACGCAUCGAGGCUUUUAGCCGGACUGAGCUUGGGAAUAUCAUUCAGCAGCUUUCCAAUUUUUCUGGGAGAAAUUUCGAGUCCAAAAAUUCGAGGCACGCUGGUGACUCUCUCGGUUUCUGGAAUGGCCGUGGGAACACUAACCGGUAACAUAAUGGGUGCCAACCUCUCGAUGACGAUCUUUUCCUACAUAAGCCUGGUGCCAAAUGUAUGCUUCGUCCUGCUCUUCCUCUGGUUGUCUGAAUCUCCUCACUUCCUCGUACGCGACGGGAAAACAGAGGAUGCGAUGAAAUCUAUAAUCCGGUACAACCCGAACAUAGAUCCUGAGAUCGAGUACAAAUCAAUAAGGACCUACAUCGAAAGCUCAGGUUCUCCGACAAUCAAAGAACGGCUACGAGAGUUCAACAUACCGGAGAAUAGACGAGCCAUGAUCAUCACAAUCGUAUUGUAUUUCUUCAUGCAGUUCAGCGGGAUGAAUUCUAUAAUUUAUUACCUGGAAACAGUUCUCACUUCUGCCGGGGUGAGCGUCAUCCAGCCCUCUACAUUGGUGAUCAUAAACAGCGGAGCAUCAGUUUUGACUGGGUGGGUUGCGGUGUACAUAGCUGAUAAAUUCAGACGCAAGGUACUCAUGAUAUUCUCAAGCGUUGGAGUUUCCGUGACCAUGCUGGGGUUGGGGGUACACUUUGCUCUAUUGGAUAACGGGUUUGAUCCUGACUCAUUGCAAUGGCUGCCAAUCACGACUACGAUACUUUUUAUGAUUAGUUUCUGCGUUGGAAUGAUUGGCGUACCCAGUAUGAUUCUAAGCGAGCUUUUCGCCCCUAACAUAAAAAGUGUGGCGGCCGGUAUGAUUGGCAUUUUGAGUGGGCUUUUCGCCUUCGGGGCGACUAAGUCAUACCAACCUUUGAUAGACACCGUAGGAGAGGCUUGGGUUUACUGGUUGCACGCGUUGCUCAUGAUAUUCUGCACAAUCUUUUCUGCAGUUUGGAUACCGGAAACGAAAGGCAAAUCACUACAGGAAAUUCAAAAUUUAUUGAUGAAAAAGUAGGUGACACUGUGUGUAGGGAUUCAAUUGGAACGGUUUCGCCAUGUUGACUCAAACUUAUAAACAAUUAUCUUUAUCGGGAGGAGGAGGGAGGAAAGAUAUUGAAAAUUAGGGUACCGCGGUGCAUCUAUUUUACGUAACAUACCUACGACUAUUUCAAACUUUGAACGUAAUCAACACUUUUCCACGUGCGUCAAGAGAUUUCACUUCUAAAAAUAUUUUGAGUUUUGUGUGGUGAAAAAUCAGAAAAGUUAACCAAGGUAUAGUUGCUUGAGUCGAGUAAUAGGCGCACCUUCCCUAAACAGAAUUCGGUUCUCGAACAGGAAAUCAAAAGAAUGUUGCGAAAAUUGGCUGUGCGAGUUGUUUUUUUAGAAAACGCUCUGCUUCGGAAUGCAGAGAUUGCCGAUUCAUGGUAAGAUAAGAAAUUCAUAAUUUAUGUAGCAAUAAACUAGUGUUUACAAUUCCAACGCGUUGGUUUUUUUUUUCUUCGAACAACAUUUUUUUAUUACAGUCUAAUUUUCAAGUGUCAAACCACACAUCACUGACUGAAGUUUCGAUUACUUUUCGAAUAAAAUAUCACCAAAAUUUGCAUCAAGCGGAUAAAAUAAAAGAAUUAAUAACAUUUUGCGCUAAAAUUUUUUUUGAAUAUCGUUAAUCCACUUUCUGGAAAAAUUUCACGAAUACAAAUUUAGAGUUGUAUAUAAUGUAAUUAUUUACGGGUAUAUAAUUAGUAUUAUUUCAAGAUCGUGGUCCUUGGCUAAGGAAUCAAGAUCUUAGUCGGGCGGAUUUUGUAGUGACAGUCAUGAAGUGACGUGAUAACAGCAUAAAGACAAACGAAAACUGGUAGAAUAUACUUUUAAUAGAGCAUGUGUAUUUGGUAAGCCUGGAGUGAUUAAAACAUGAUAUUAGUUGUAAGUAUUGGCAUAGAGAUAAGCAAUAGGAAUAGAGAUAGUGAGAAUAUUCAUCAAGCAAUAAACACAACUCGUACCCUUUCAGAAACGCGAGAUCAACGUGCAUUCGAUUUGUGUGCGUUAAUGAGCGGUACAUUGUGUUCUGCGUAAAUACGAGUUGCUUUCUGAAAUGACAGUCAAGUUCACGGCACGUUCACAGCCUUAGAAACUCAUUUAUAUCCGUGAGUAAAUCGGUAACCUAUACCGACAUCUGCCAUGCAUAUUUGAUAUCAUUUUCUAUUAGCCCGACGCAUAGCGUCAUUACGUAUGGAGCAGUUUCACGAUUAUUCUCUUCUUGCACCCGCUGUUGCUAUCCAAAUCGUAUGAAUUCGAUAGAGCUGCAGAAUUUCUUAAAUUCGGAAAAAAUAUUAAACUUUGAAAAAGUUUUUGUAUUUUUGCAUGCAAGAAAUGUUUUGUGUGAUCUUGACAAU